CCAAAUCUAGGUCACUGCCAUUCGGCUGUCAGACCUCAAACACAGAGCUGUACAGAUCUUAUCCAAGUCAAGACCUCCAUCAGGACCUCCAACCUGCCUAGACUCUCCCCUACCCAGAGCGUCGGCUGGGUGGACCGGCACACGGGGGUUUGUUUUAUCGAUCGUUCCCCCGACACACACCCUCAGGGCACCAUGCAAAAGGCCACAAAGGUGAUGAUCACAUCUGUGGUGAUUUUGGUGGGCAUGUGCUGUAUGCUCACCGCCGUGGUGACGGACCACUGGGCCGUGCUGAGCCCGAAGGUGGAGGCUGUCAACACCACGUGUGAGGCGGCCCACUUCGGUUUAUGGAAGCUCUGUAAGAAGUACAUCUACAUAGAUGACGAGGACGUGGUGGGGCACGUGUGUGGACCCCUCAGCCUGCCGGGAGAUGUCAACUGUUCCUACUUCCGACACUUUACUCCUGGAGAGGACUCUGAGAUUUUUGACGUUAAAACACAGAGAGAAUAUAAUAUCUCAGCAGCAGCCAUUGCUGUUUUCAGCCUGGUAUUCAUGAUCCUGGGAACCAUGUGCAUGCUGGGAUCCUUCAGGAAAGACAAAGACUUCCUCCACAAACCUGCUGGAAUGUUUUACGCAUUUUCCGGUCUGUGUGCGAUCAUCUCCGUGGAAGUGAUGAGGCAGUCGGUGAACAGGAUGAUCGAGAGCAAGGAAACCAUCUGGAUCGAGUACUACUACUCGUGGUCCUUCGCCUGCGCCUGCACAGGCUUUGCCCUGCUCUUCCUCAGCGGGGUCAGCCUGCUCUUGCUCUCCAUGCCCCAGAUGCCCAGGAACCCGUGGGAGACCUGCAUGGACGCUGAACCUGAACCGAUUGAGUAGGGCAGACCCUGCCGCGAAGCCGUCCUGUCAUGCCACUGCCUUCUUCCUGAUACUGAUCGAAGCUGCAGUGCGGAAACAUGGGCUCAAUAAAACACAGCGAGAGGCUUAUUUAUUUUUUUUAACAGCAUCUUCUUUUGACUACAUGUUACUACUAGUGAGCAAGGAAGGAUUUUAAACGUGCUUGCACUGCUCAAAAACAUCCUUUCUCUCAUGUGGUAACCUCUACUUGUGCACAUCUGCUCUAUUAGAAAUUAACAGAAAAAGGAAUUCCACCCAUUUUCUUUUUUAUAUCCACAAUGAGAUGACUUGGUCUGCUUUAAUGUGUGUUUUGUAUUACAUUGCUGUACAUUUACACGUUUGCAACAGUUGCAACAUGCUGUUCAGAACCAAGUUGGUUUCACCUGAUGAAAUCCACACCCAGGACAUAGUGAGGACAUAAUGAAAGGGUUUUUAAAGAAGAAUGUAGUUGUUUGCCUAUGAAGGCAACAUUCAAUUUGAGUAUUUUCAAGAACCAUCUUGAUGGUGUAUAUUUCAAAAGUGCUCAUAUUUACGAGGACAAUGCUGAUGUAAUACAAAAAUGACUAAUAUUAGCAUUUAUUGUAUUUGUUUUCUGUAAUGUGAUUUUGUAACUGCUUCAUCUGCCCCGCUUAAGACGCUGAGCACUGUCAGCGGUUGUGGCAUUGAUUUGUCUGUAAGAUAGCUUUGUCUGGGGACACACUAGAUGUGUUAUCUGCUUUCAGCUCGGUACAGAAUUUUAAUAUCCAGUCUGUUGUAGCCUAUGAAUGCCUGGCCAGACACUUUGGAGUGGUUUCAGUUCGGGCAGGUGCAAACAAAAUGGCGUCCACUGCUCUUUAGAGUUUCAUGAGUAGAAAAACAACUAGCUCAACCAUGGCAGUCCCAGCCCUGCUUUCCCACAGAUUCUAUCCACUCACCCAAGUUUUAGACUUUAGGCCUCUUAGAUUUUCCUGUGAAUGCAGAUAUAUUGCUUUUCUAUGUUUGGUAAGAUAUUCAAUAUUAAGUUCAUUAUAGUUUCUCAUAACUCUCUUCAUAUAACAAAAUGAAAAGAGACUUCUUUAAACCUCUGAAUUCUGAAUUGCAACUUUGCCAUUGAGUCGCAGCUUCUCAGAAGCUUGUACUUUAACACUUGACAAUGUAAACUACUCUUACAUUUAAGUAAUGGUACAUUUUUGGCUGCCACACAACUGUAAAAUCUGUAAAAACAAAACAGGACAACUGUGAAUGGUACUUUCAUAUUUCACGAGACAGCAGUGUGAGCCAUUUUUACUUUUGAUACAGAUAAAUGCACAAUCUAAUGAAAGUAAGACAACAACUCACUUCGUUUCGAAUGUUAACCCUACACAAGGACACAUUUCCUUUGCAGGAUAUAAAACCUAUUAUGACAUCAUACCUUCUAGAACCCUGCUCUUAAAGGUGCAGGGAUGUUGUGUUCAAAAAGCACUGACUGAAACAAAUCAUUUGAAAGUUUUACUUAAAAGUUAUCAAUCUAGCACCUUGGUAUUGUUUCUAAAGAUGCAAAUAUAAUGCAUAAAGUAAUUUGUUAUUUCUACCCCUUAAACUUUUUCAUUUGAACAUAAUUUAAUUAAACUUGUUUAUAUCUGGCAUUUUUAAUUUCAGCAUAUUUGAUUAUAAGAAAGAGAUGAUAGCCCUGCAGAGGAAACCCUCUAUGUAAAUGAUUAAAACUGUCUAAAAUUCCACUUAGCUUUUCCCAAAGCUUUAAACAAAAUAUAAAGUUUGUAGUGUCAAACACAUUAUAUUUUUGCAUUUUUCCCUUAUUAUUUCAUUCAUUAUUAUUAUUUCUUAUCUGCAUACUCUAACUGAGAGUUUUCAGAUAUGUAUUGCAGAUAUACUUCCUUUCUAAAAUCUGUCUUCAUGUAUGCUUCCUAUGUCAUAUAUUUGUAUUGGAAAAUGAUAAUAAAUGACACUAUUUACACAGAAA